UUCCCCGCCCCGUGUAGCGGGCCGGGGAGCCGAGCUGCCCCGCGCCUAAGGUGGCCGGGGUGGGGAAGUGUCUGGGGUUUGUUUCCCCUUGGGACAGUCACGGAAUCACCUACCUCCAGAGCACUGCAGAGAUGCCCGGUCGCAGAAACCUUGAGUCCAGGGAGCUCCACCUGGAGGCUGCCCCUGUCCUGCGGGAUAGAUCCCAGAAGGAGGAGACAGCCGGUUCCCAGAGGAAGGCGUGGCCACAGGUGUCAGUGACCUUCGAGGAUGUGGCCGUGCUCUUCACCUGGAAUGAGUGGAGGAAGCUGGAUCCUUCCCAGAGGACCCUGUACCGGGACGUGAUGCUGGAGAACUACAGCCACCUGCUCUCACUGGGACUCCCAUGUACCAAGCCAAAGGUGAUCUCCCUGCUGCAGCAAGGAGAAGAUCCCGUAGAGAAGGAAAGUGCUGGAGGUUCCUCUCCAGGAUGUAAGAGCAAUCUUAACACUACAAAGUCAAUGCAAACUCAAGACUCAUCACUUCAGGGACAGAUGAAGAUAAGACUCAAAAGGGAUGAAGUCAGGGACUUCAUAUCAGAAAAACACUUUAUAAACGAAGAGAGAUUAAAGAAACGCCAAGCCAAAAGUGAAUGUUUACAGGCAAGUUCAGUCUUUCGUACAAAAAAUCUCAAUGUAGAUAGAAGCCAUAAAAAUACUGAACUUGGCCAGAGCUUGAAGUCAGUCUUCAUUACGCAACAGAAGGUUACUGGAGAAAAAAUGCCUUCAAAAUAUGAAAUGCAACAAAAUAUCUUCAAGCAAAAUUCAAAUUCACUUACUCAACCAAAAAGCAAGACAGCAGAGAAGCGCUAUAAAUGUGAUACAUGUGAAAAAGCCUUUAUUCACAAUUCAUCCCUUCGCAAACAUUUGAAAAAUCACACUGGAGAGAAAUUAUUUAAAUGUAAAGAAUGUUUGAAAGCCUUUAGCCAAAGUUCUGCUCUUAUUCAGCAUCAAAGAACUCAUACUGGAGAGAAACCUUACAUUUGCAAAGAAUGUGGGAAAGCCUUCAGUCAUAGUGCAUCCCUUUGUAAGCACCUAAGAACUCACACUGUGGAGAAAUCCUAUAGGUGUAAAGAAUGUGGCAAAUCUUUCAGCAGGAGGUCUGGCCUUUUUAUACACCAAAAGAUUCAUGCUCGAGAAAAUCCCAAUAAAUAUAACCCAGGUAGGAAAGCAGCAAGUUGUAGCACAUCUUCUGGGUGUCAGAAAAAUCUCAGAAAGAAGUCUUAUUUGUGUAAUGAAUGUGGCAAUACUUUUAAGUCUAGCUCAUCCCUGCGUUACCAUCAGAGAAUUCACACUGGAGAGAAACCUUUUAAAUGUAGCGAAUGUGGAAGAGCCUUCAGUCAGAGUGCCUCUCUUAUCCAACAUGAAAGAAUCCACACUGGAGAAAAACCCUAUAGAUGCAAUGAAUGUGGAAAAGGCUUCACUUCUAUUUCACGACUCAAUAGACACCGAAUAAUUCAUACUGGAGAGAAACUGUAUAAUUGUAAUGAAUGUGGGAAAGCCCUAAGUUCCCACUCAACACUUAUUAUUCAUGAGAGAAUCCAUACUGGAGAGAAACCCUGUAAAUGUAAAGUGUGUGGGAAAGCCUUCAGACAAAGCUCAGCGCUCAUUCAGCAUCAGCGAAUGCAUACUGGUGAGAAACCUUAUAAAUGUAAUGAGUGUGAAAAAACAUUCAGAUGUAACUCAUCCCUUAGUAAUCAUCAAAGAAUUCAUACUGGAGAGAAACCAUAUCGAUGUUUGGAAUGUGGGAUAUCUUUUGGGCAAAGUGCAGCUCUUAUUCAACACCAGAGAAUUCAUACAGGAGAAAAACCCUUCAAAUGUAGCACGUGUGAGAAAAGUUUCAGACAAAGCUCAUCCCUUAUUGCACAUCAAAGAAUUCAUACCGGAGAGAAACCCUAUGAAUGUACUGCAUGUGGAAAACUCUUCAGCCAGAGGUCAUCCCUUACUAAUCAUUAUAAAAUUCAUAUUGAAGAAGACCCUAUGAAAAUAGAUCUGCAUGUGUGAAAGCCUUAGACCAAAGUUCAUCAGAAAACACCUGAAACUGAUAAAUCAAGUAUGUGAGAACUAAUUUAGUGUACAUCAGAGUCUAAAUUCCAAGUGUAAGAGCUGGCUAUAUAAUAAAUAUGGGGGAAACUUUUAUACCUGUUACUUUUAUAAAUAUGCAAACAUUUCACAAUUAUAGACAUUUAUAUGAGCCAUUUUUUAAGAUAAAAUUAUUUUCUCUGGCAUUAUAUGCUAUAUGCAGCAUAUAAACAGGAGAAAAAUCAGUAUGGUGGUGGUACUAAAUUCCUCAUUACAAAAGUAUCAGUUAUAUAAGCUGCUAGUGUCUUAAUUAAAGGUAACAUUUUAGCUGAAAAUAAAAUAAUUGAUCUUAAAAAUAUAUGCAUUUUUUAGAGCAAAGGACCAAAUAAAAGACCACAAACUACCUCUGAGUGUCUGAAAUUUACCUUUUCUUAACCUAUUGUCAAACUAAAUGAUUUGUAUUUUAAAAUAAAUAAACAAUUCUGUUCUUUUGUUCUGAUAA